AUGAACCUGAAGGUUCAUCCUAAGGUUGAACUAAGUGAAAUAAGCCAGACAGAGAAAGAGAGAUACCUCAUGAAUCUUUUAGCCGAAAAAGUAGAACAGCUGAUGGAAUGGAGUUCCAGGCGCUCAAUCUUCCGAAUGAAUGGCGACAAAUUCCGAAAAUUUAUAAAGGCGCCACCGCGAAACUAUUCUAUGAUUGUUAUGUUCACUGCUCUUCAGCCUCAGCGGCAGUGUUCUGUGUGCAGGCAAGCUAAUGAAGAAUAUCAAAUACUGGCUAACUCCUGGCGCUAUUCAUCUGCUUUCUGUAACAAACUCUUCUUCAGUAUGGUGGACUAUGAUGAGGGGACAGAUGUUUUUCAACAGCUCAACAUGAACUCUGCUCCUACGUUCAUGCAUUUUCCUCCAAAAGGCAGACCCAAGAGAGCUGAUACUUUUGACCUUCAAAGAAUUGGAUUUGCAGCUGAGCAGCUAGCGAAGUGGAUUGCUGAUAGAACGGAUGUUCAUAUUCGAGUCUUCAGACCACCCAACUACUCUGGCACCAUUGCUUUGGCCUUGUUAGUGUCACUUGUGGGUGGCUUGCUCUAUUUAAGAAGGAACAACUUGGAAUUCAUCUAUAACAAGACUGGCUGGGCCAUGGUAUCUCUGUGUAUAGUCUUUGCUAUGACUUCUGGCCAGAUGUGGAAUCAUAUCCGUGGACCUCCAUAUGCUCAUAAGAACCCGCACAAUGGACAAGUGAGCUACAUCCAUGGAAGCAGCCAGGCUCAAUUCGUGGCAGAGUCACACAUUAUUCUGGUACUAAAUGCUGCUAUCACCAUGGGGAUGGUUCUCCUAAAUGAAGCGGCAACAUCCAAAGGAGAUGUUGGAAAAAGACGGAUAAUUUGCCUAGUGGGAUUAGGCCUGGUGGUCUUCUUCUUCAGUUUUCUACUUUCAAUAUUUCGUUCCAAGUACCACGGCUAUCCUUACAGCUUUUUAAUUAAAUGAAGCCAAAUGGGAUUUGCAUAAAGUGAAUGUUUACCAUGAAGAUGAAGUGUUCCUGACAUCCUAGUUUGUAUUCUUGAGUUCAUUUCCUUGUGGAUUGUGACGAUCUAGCUUAUGCUUGUAUAAUUUUUUAAAAUGUCAGUUUUCCUAGUAAAUUUAACUCAUAGAAAUGGACAGUUAACUUUAAUAUUAGCGCUGGAAAGAACAAAGGAAACAGUGAAGUGUUUUCAAGCAUAUUAUAUUCAGUGUAUGCUAUAGGAUUGAAAUAAAAAAAUGUAAUUCUGAAUUCAUGUUUUAGAACUGUUCGCUCAUUAGUAAAGAAAGUCACAUUGUUAGUGAGGGAAAACUAUGAAAUGUAUGUUAAAGAAUUCUUGGGGUUGUACAGAGAUAAGGUAUAUGCAUGAAAAUAUGUCAUGUGCUGAAAAAUUAUGCUUACUGCAGUUUCAGUUAUAGAGGACGUGUAUGGUUACAAAUAGUGUUUUGUUCUUAUUAAUCAUAACUAGAUAAGAGUGUAUAGGACAGGGAGCUGGAUGAAUAGUACCUACAACUUGGAUGCCUAACCUGGGAAAUGGAACUUAUUCCCAGGAUAUAAUUCUAAAGCAUGACUAAAUCAACAUACCUUAAAGGCAUCAGGCAAGGAAGCAACAUACCAGAACUAGGAAUUAAUUCUUCUCCAACUUUAGAAGUGUCAUCCAGGAAUCCAGACUUAAAACUACAAAAGUAAUCCACUAUAGCCAUUUUCCCCUUGUGUUGUAUGGAGGAAACUUGCCAUCAAAACCACAUUCCCUGAAUCUAGAUAAAAGCUAGUUAUCCUGAUACGAGUGAGUGACUCAAUGAAGCUUUCUUGAAAACCAAAUAUAGGAGUCUAAACAUUGUUAUGUUUGUAUAUCUUGUUUUAGUUUAUAAAGCACUUUCGUGUAUGUUAUGGUAUUUGUUCUUCACAACAACUCUGUAAAUUAGACAGGAAAUGCAAAUUUUGUCUGACUUGUACAAGUAUUAGAAGGGGAAAGCCAAAAAGAAUAAAAAAUAGAGCAUGUAACCUGGGCUUUCAAACUCUCAAACCUGAAUUUUUAUUUUCUGUGGUGCUACCCAAAGAAGAAUUUAGAAACACAAUUAUUUAGGCAGUUCAAUAAACUUUGUUUUUCU